AUGAGGCUAAAAAUUAUUUUGUGCGGUUUGAUAGCUGCAAUUGUCGGGGGAAACAUAAUAAAAAUAAAUGAUUCAAAGCAAAAAGAUUCUUCAGAACGUCUCAAACGCGACGCGAGGGAAUUAGUUGAAAUGUGUUUAACGAAUAAUUCGAACCCAGUGGUGAUCUCCAAUGAUCUGCUUCCCAACGAUUAUAAUUCUGCUGGGGCUUUCAAUUCGUGGAUCAUAAUCGAUCGCAAAUCCAACAAACAAAUCACAGGUUUCCUCCCCGCUUAUCCUAGUUACGUUAUUUCAUUCAAGUCGAUCGACAAUCUUAAACCGGUGAUCGACAAUCUCCAAAGAUCCAAAUUCUGGAACAUCAAAUCACCGUUUGUGAUCGUUGGGACCGAGUCGAGUUGCCUCAACGCCGGGAGAAUUUUGAAAUUCAUGUGGGACCGAGAUUUGUUGUCUGUUUAUUACUUGUGCAACAAGAAAAAUUCGACGACCAUCAUCACACUGAAUCCUUAUGCAAGCUAUGCUCCGGCCCCGUGGAAACUUGUUGACAAAUUCAGCGACAACAAAAACAAGAUUCACCUCUUUAGGCUCCAAUUCACAAAAGGGCCAGAGAUUUGUAAAAUCAUCACAUUUGACAAGACAGAUCGAUUAGAAAAAGCAGAGAUAAGGUUCGUGGCUUUGAAGUCAAAUAACAAGCAGCCAGUAACGUGGAAGAAAGUUAGAAAAAACUCUGGAAUAAAUAUAGCCCACGUAUCAACUUUAAUUAAUGCUACCUCAACGAUGAAGUUUAUUCCUCCUCAAAAUUCUAUCGAAUUGUUGAAGAAAGGUUACAUCAAACAAUUAUUAAACAAUACAUGUGACAUUUACACUACAAAAAUGCCAAUAGAAGCCACUGAUUACAGCCACGUCAACAUAAUUGCGUACUAUCAUGAGCACGAGUUUUCAAUCGCGACCAAAAAAACAAAUUUCCUGACGGUGAUCAGCGAACUGACCCAGGAUGUUCGGUUCGUGGUGGGAACAAUAGUUCUGUUCGUUUUGUUUACGAUACUGAUGUUUAUGAUCAACAGAGAUGACUUAAAGCUGGCUACGCUGGAAAUGAUAAGGUUGGUCGUCGGUAUGGGACUUAAAACUUCACUUAGCCGUCUAGUGAUGAAGAUUUUCCUCUUCUAUGGGUUCCUGUAUGCGUUUCUGAUUGUUCCCGACUUUCAAGGCCACCUGUCUGCCAUUUUAUCGGAGCCUAUGGGGCGCGAUGUCGAGACACUGAAGGAUCUCUAUGAGAACAAGUUCCAUGUCUACUAUCUCAACAUAUUGAAGAACGACAUGAUAAAUGAACAGUUGUGGGUCUCUGAUGAGGACAAAAAAUAUCUUUAUCCGUUAAGUGCUCAGGAAAUGAUGAACUGCUGGAAAGAAGUUCUCAAAAAUCCGAAAAAAGCUUGUAUCCGUCAAACAAACACAUUUCUCGGCCAGGCUUAUAACUUUCCAAAGUUGCAUGUGUCGAAGGAGCCUGUCUUUACGAAGAGAUUUGUUCAUUGGGCGAGGAAGAAUUGGCCCUUAGAGGACAAGUUCGAUGAAGCAGCACUUAAAACUUCGGAAUCUGGAUUCGAUUCCACGAGCGUUAAUAAAGGAUUUAUAGAAAAAUUUUUCAAGAAACGAUUGACCGUGAGAAAGAGAAGAGAAGAGAGUGAAGAUUAUGAAGAGUUCGACUUUGAGGAGUUGAUUUUCAUUUAUUAUUUUGUCGGGUAUUGCACCGCUUUUGCUGUUAUCGUUUUAAUGAUUGAAAUAAUAUUCGCUCGAUAUUUUAGAAGUCUUAGACAGUUAUUUGUGCAAAGAGGUUUUUAA